AUGUCCAAGGACGCAAAGAAAAAACACCAUUGGGGCAGGUCCUUGCUAAGCUCAAUUGGGCUGAAACGUAAGCACAAGAAGGAGCACACCUCGUCAAGUGACACUAAGCGUCCGGAGACAAACUAUGCCAGAACUUCGCAUGGUAACGGAAGUAGAGCCGAAGCUGCACAAUUUAUGAGUGGAAAUAAGAACUUGGAUAUCCCGAAACCACCCAUUACUGAAAGGUGUGCAGAAUCGCCGGCCAAGGGCUCCCAGAAGGCGGACUCCUCCUUAGCACCUAGCCAAGGCGUAUUCAAUAUUCCAAUCGUCAUAGAUCCUAUGGAGACAAACAGGCUGAACAAAACGAAUACAAGCCUGACUCUGGGCUCGUCUAAGGGUCGCUAUGCGAAUGAAAAUCUAAAUCUAAAUCCGAAUUCAAAUUCUAUGCAAAGCUUGUCUCCCCAGGCAAUUGAAAGGGAAAGGGAAAGGCCGGAGAAAGAAAGGCGAAAGGAAACCAAUCGUGCUGAGAAGGCGACUCCAGAAAGCCACAAAGCACAUACUGCCUUUGAAACUUUUCUUUCGUUUGCUCGUAAUGCCGUUAACCACGUCCCCAAAAUAAAUGUAGAAGAAGCUGAUGAUAGCGCUGCUUCCAAGAAUGAACCAAAGCACCUGAAAAAGAACCCGUUGCAGGUUUCAAGGACCACAUCUGAAAAGAGUACUAAUGGCAAAUACGCACAAUCGCUACAAGAAAGUGAUGGUCCCUUUUUGAAGAAUUUAGAUAAUGUACUUGCAGCGUCCGCAUCCUCACCGCGGAUCAACCAACAGUCUGAUACGACUACAACCGAAACCAAGAACAAACCCUCUCCAUUUGGUAAAUUCGCAUUUACCAAUCUGAAAAAUCACGUGCAUUCGAGUUUGAAUUCCAAUUCGCUUUCAAGGUCAAACUCCAAAGACGACAUUUCUUCAGACAGAGCCAAUAAGGAUUCAAAUGAUUUUGCUAGCAGAGUCACUUUCGAACCCAUUAGACACUCUGAUGAUAAACCUAUUCCAGGAGAAGGAAAUUUGAAAUUGGAACAUUUCAACGACUCUCAAGCAACCUUUGAAGAGCCAUUAACAGAAUACUCUGAUUUAUCCGCAGGGGAAGAUGGUUUCGAUACCGACGACAUACCGCUGCAGGACGACGUACGGGAUAGCAAUGAAAAUGAGGUGGAAAAGAGACCUAGUUCAAGGAAGGACUCUUCCAAAUUGUCAGCAGUUUCUUCCCCUACAGUAGACGAUGUAAGGCCAAGAAGAAGAGUCAAAUCAAUGAUAAGCGCAGCAAAUGCUUAUCAAAAUGGGCGCCAUGAUUUUAUACAGAAAAGACUCUCUUCUCUUUCAUCUAAUGGAUUUACAAAAAACGACUCGGACAAUGAAGAUCGUGAACCCAGAGUGAUGUCCAAGAAGUUUCUCACCAGGAGGUCAUUUUCUCCAGGUAACAUUAGUAGUGGAAUGAGAGUAUUGCCUUCCACAGCUUUAAAAUAUUCGUUGAAUAAAGUAAAAAAUAGCACUGAUAUCGCAAACACCAUAAUACCAAGACCAAGUAUUUCGAAUGGUCAUACCUCUUCAGGUAUGCGAAGAAGUUCUAGCAAAAGCUUUUCAUCAACGCCUUAUAGUAUUGUCGAACCAUCUGGCGAAGACGGCAAUCGACGCAAUAUUGAAAUAAAGGGAGUCGAAUAUGCAAGUGAAAAGAAAAAUUCAGAAUUCCAUACAAUUUUCAAAGAUUCUGGUGUGAACCCCGAUGAAAGAUUAAUUGCGGAUCAUAGUUGUGCCUUGUCGAGGGACAUCCUUUCGCAGGGCAAAAUCUAUAUAUCGGAUCACCAUAUUGGGUUUUAUUCGAAUAUCCUCGGUUGGGUGAGCACUGUUUUUAUACCAUUCGAGACUAUUAUACAAAUAGAAAAGAAGACUACGGCAGGAAUAUUCCCCAACGGAAUCGCAAUUGACACUUUACAUACAAAGUAUAGUUUUGCCUCCUUCACUUCUAGAGAUGCCACGUACGAUUUGAUUACGGAGGUAUGGAACCAGACUAUCUUACAGAAGAGGUUUCACAACGUUAGCAACAACAGUUCGAAUUCUAUAAGUGAUGAUGAAGAAGAUGAUGACUACGAUUAUGAUGAUGAUGAUGACGAUGAUCUUUAUGAUAGCACUAACAAUGUAACCGAUUCUACGGAUAUGACGUCGGACAUCAGUGUAGGAAAACCAGGAGACCCGUCAAUGCCUUCAAAAGACACCAAUGGCGCCAGGAACCUAUCCGUUGAAUCAGAAGUCCCACUGCUGGGUCCCACAAAACAUCCACCUACAGAAGCAGGGUACAAGCCUGAGUCCAAUGAAAAACUAGUCAACGAAUCAACGAUACCCGCUCCGUUGGGGAAAGUUGUCAAUAUUUUAUUUGGUAAGGAUGUUAGUUAUAUUACGACUAUUUUAAAAGCCCAGAACAAUCACGAUAUUUCGCCAAUUUCCGGUCUUGUUGAUUUGGCUACGUUAACAGAGAAUCAAAGAAGAGAAUAUUCCUACAUCAAACCCACCCCAGGUGCUAUCGGGCCCAGUGAGACCAAAUGCCUGAUAACCGAGACCACUGAGCAUUUGGAUCUGGACGAUUAUGUUCAAGUACUACAAACGACAAGAACUCCGGAUAUUCCUUCAGGAAAUUCAUUUUAUGUAAGGUCACUUUAUCUUUUAUCAUGGGCUAGCAACUAUGAGACAAAAUUGAAAGUUUAUGUUUCUGUUGAAUGGACAGGGAAGAGCCUAAUAAAAAGUCCCAUUGAAAAGGGAACAUUCGAUGGUGUAGGAGAAACAUUAAAAAUAACAGUCGAUAGGAUUAAUAAAUUUUUGUCAAAGCCUACUCUAAAAAGCAAGAAGUCCUCAAGGGAGAGCGGCGCUGCAAUGUCAUCUUUACCGAAAAUGGAGCCCAACUCUCACGCACCAACUGAAGUUGACAUUCAAAAAAACAAAGAAGACUCGAUCGUAAGGGAAAAUGAAAAUAUACCUGCUCCAUUGGGGACUGUAGUCCAAUUAUUGUUUGGUUCGAACACAGAUUAUAUGAAAAAAACUAUCACUAGAGAUAAAAACAACGUUAACGUGGAGACAAUACCAACAUUCUCGCCUUCAUUAGCCGAUGGCGCCACACGGCACUAUGAGUACAUCAAGAAACUAAACAAUUCCAUAGGACCUAAACAAACGAAAUGUUUGUUGACUGAGACCAUUGAACAUAUGGACAUCAAUGACUAUGUUUUAGUAAACCAGUCAACAAGAUCCCCUGAUGUUCCAUCCGGUAACAAUUUUACAGUUGAAAGUAAAAUAUAUUUAUGUUGGGGACAACACGAUACUACAAAUAUGACCGUUAUAACAAAGGUCAGCUGGACAAGCAAAUCAUUUUUGAAGGGUCCCAUUGAAAAGGGUUCUGUAGAGGGCCAAAAGGCGUCUGUCGAGUUCAUGAUUUCUGAACUAAAGGAUAUUAUUAAUGCAGCCAAAACCGCAAAACCAGUGAAGAGGAAAACGAAGAAUCAUGGCAAACAUAGGCCCGUCCACAAUAAGAUUGAGCAGAAAAUUCCUGAAAGUCAAAAUACAGAGAAGGAUAAAGAUACCUUCACGUAUAUUUUGGACUUUAUCCAAGACAACAUUAAUUUGGAUAUAUUUAUGAAUCCUCAAAAACUGACCUUGAUCGCCGGUAUAGCUAUUAUGUGCUUUUGGCUUCUUGGUUUCAAGCCUUUYAAAAGUCAAGAAAAUUUCCAAAUCAUCAAGCCGGGGAGGAUGCUUAUUGACGGUCAGGAAUAUAACUAUGUGCCAAGUUUUGGAACCCUAUAUAGUUCAUAUGAGGACAAAAUAUUGUCUGGCAAAAGAAAGACGAGUACAGAUUACGAGAAGAAUGUUAACCCGGUCACUGGAAGAGAAAGGGAUAUUUGGGACUGGAUAGAUAACAGAGGAAACAGCGUAUUACCUCAAGAGCAUGCGACGCUGGGAAACGUCGAUAGACACAUGUUACAGCAGUUGGUAGAAAGUGUUAGGGUAACAGAAUUACAACUAGAACAUAUGAAGACUAUGUUGGAUGAUAUCAAAAUGGACAAAGAUAAUUUUUCACCUUGA